AUGGCGGGUGCCUCGUCGGUGUGGGGGUCAGUAUCGGAUUCGUCGGCCCAGUUCCUGUGCUGUGCUGUGUCUCCGGCCGGGCUGACCGAAGGCGGUGGCGUUGCUGCGGUGAAGCUGUGGCUGACCUUCAACGAGCCGGACAUGUUCUCCAACGGCUACUCGUCGGCCACGGCGCUGGCGCCUGGCGCCGACUCGCCGGGCGUCGCCGACUACCUGCUGGCCAAGGCGGUGCUGCUGGCGCACGCGCGCGUCUACCGACUCUACGACCAGCGGUUCCGUCCGACGCAGAGGGGCAGAGUGGGCAUCACUCUCAACAUCGACUGGUACGAGCCGCUGACGAGCAGCGCUGAUGACGCCGAGGCGUCGGACCGCCAGCUGCAGUUUGAGUGCGGCUUGUGGGCCCACCCCAUCUUCUCGAGGGACGGCGACUUCCCAGAGGUGGUGAAGCUGAGGGUGGCGGCCAACAGCAGGAAGGAGGGGCGCACGAGGUCACGCCUGCCGACCCUCUCCCCAGCGGAGGUCAACCUCAUCAGGGGCACUGCCGACUUCUUCGGAAUUAACCACUACUCUUCCUCGCUGGUGACGUCCGGCAGCAGCGGCUCCGAACCCUCGAAGACUUACGACUCCGGUGUCGUGACUUCCAUGUUCGAGGGAUACCCCACCAGCUUCUGGAUAUCGGACAUACCGUGGGGUCUGCGUAAGCUGCUCAACUGGCUGCACAAAUCAUACCCCGGGUAUCCGUUCUUUAUCACCGAGAACGGAUGGUCCGACCCGCCUGGAGUUCUGAACGACACAGCACGCAUCCACUACUAUAGGGGAUACCUCUCCGCCCUCCUAAGAUCCAUCAACGAUGACGGCGUCCCAGUGAUCGGCUACACUGCCUGGAGCCUCCUCGACAACCUGGAGUGGAUGAAUGGAUACACGAUCAAGUUCGGCCUGUACUCCGUGGACUACGACGAUCCAGAGCGCCCCAGAACUGCGAAGGCGUCGGUGCCGGUGAUGGCGCAGAUCUACAAGGAGAAGGCGGUCCCUCUGGAGGACUUCGAGAACGCCGACACGACGCCACCCUCGUAA